AUGGUGGACAUGGGCGACCGGCCUGUGCACAUAUACGCGGUGCACUACCGCGAGGAGGUGUGGGCGCACGCCGAUGAUGACGGCACGUUCGACAUCCUGCACCUGAACGACACUUCCAGCCUGCUGGCUGGGGAGUACGAGGCCUUCGUCAGCGUGGCGUCCCACGGCAAGCUGGCCUUCGACGAGAGCCUGGGUGACCUGGCGUUCGCGACCAACACCAAGGAGCACGGCAUCGUGCAGCUGAACCUGGAGAGGAAGGAGCACCUGGAGGAGGGCGUGGUGUUCUACAACCUGACGGAGCUGAACGGGGAGGGCGCAGUGUGCCCCGGCACCCACGGCAUCGCCUUCUCGAAGGUUAACAGGCAUCUGUAUGUCGAGUGCUCGUCAUCAUCCGGAAUUUUCGAGUUCAGCAUCGACGAGGGGCGCGUGGUUAAAGUUUUCAAGGGCGUGUUGGGACAGCCAAAGACGACCCCAGAUGGCGACUACGUGCUCGUGCCCAACAAGAAAAACAGCACAGGCCACAUACUCGUGCCCAAGAUGACGGGAGAAGGAUCCACAGAAGAUUUCGUAUUCGACAUUCCAGGGAUGCCUGACAAGGUUGCCUUCUUCCCCAAAACCACCUCUGGUGAUGCUCUCCAGCUGCAGGAUUACUACGCCUUCUUCUCCCUGGUGGAGCCCGUGCCUGAGACGGGUGUGGCGUGGGUGGAUCUGGCGGACGUGCUGGAUGCCCCCGCCAAUGGCACCGACCGUGUGGUGGCCGAAGUAAUCACUACUGGCAUGGUGGAGAGGUCGCACAGAGGCAUCACGCGCGGUGGCCCCUGGGUCGCUACCCACAGCUGGGCGCCAGUCUCUGCCCUGUCAGUUAUCAACGCGGAGAAGAAGGAUGUCCUCCACCAAGUGGAAGGCGUUGGAAAUGGCACCCGCCUGCUGUAUGUCCCGAAGUAA